CAGUCAUCUGGAGUGCAAGUCGACCAAGAUGUCAUCGAUGCCUUUAAGGAAAUCAAGUCGAAAAAGUCGCACGCAUACGUGGUGAUGAAAAUCGAAGACAAAAAGAAGAUUGUUGUCGAGAAGAAAGGAUCCAAACUGCCCCCGAAUUGCUCUCAGACACGGAAUGAGGAAAUUUUUAACGAGAUGAAAAACUCCUUGGGCGAGGAACCGCGCUAUAUAGUUUUUGACUUCUGUUUCACUCGGUCAAACCAGACCGUUUCACAGCCGAAGCUAACGUUUAUCAGCUGGUAGGGCACGAUCUACAGUAAAACUGCGUCAACUCGAACUCUGAAGAGAAACGGGUCGGCGGAUUGAAAAAUUCAAUUUGUCAUGUUAAAAUUGAUAGUUACUGAUUUCUCAGUAAUUUAUUUUAUGGUGCAGUGCAAAUUUACUCAUUUCACGGUAAUUAACGUGAUUAGGCAUUUGUAUGUUAUAAAAAAAGUGGUCCGUUCGUUUCACCAAUUAAGUCAGUCAAGACCAGUGUUAGUUUUAGUGUUUCUACGCUUUGACGCUUAAGAAGAGGCAAUGGGAUGGCAUCCGUGUGGAGUUAAAAGUGCCAGACUUUCAGUUAUCGGGGUAAAUUUCAGUCACUCUUUGAUCGAAGGAAAGCGAGUAAAAAUGACUUGAAAGUGGGGUGAAAUCCAACGAAAACUGGAUAUAGUUCCAGUUACCUAGCGGGGAGUUCGUUUUCACUGUCACGCAACAAAAAAAAAAAUAAAUUGGAAACCGUCCAACGGAAGAAGCCAAGAAAAAAGCAGUGUUAUAAAAGACUAAUAUAUAAACAAUUUGUCCAGUUCUCAGGUCUUUGAGGAGCACAGUUCCUGAGUUGUUUGCCGAAACGUUUCACCCAUUUUUGUAGAGCUUUGUAUGGAGACGCCAUAUUGGUGUACAGUUUUGGUGCACCAAUAUGGCCGCCGGAAAUCAACAAAAACAUCUGGAGUUCACUUUUUCUAUAAAAGCUCUUUCUUUUCACUCGAAAACUAGCAUACGUGUGUAUAAACAUAUCGUCUAAUACUUGAAAUGGUUAUACUGCUGAAAAUCAAGAGUAGAGACUUUUUUUUCAAUGAGACAGCAUUCCUAUUUUGGUGUCACGCACUGUGAAAACUCGGAAGUUCAAAUUGCUGUAUUUUCGAAACGAAACAUGCUAAGGGAAUGGAAACUUGUACAAAGAUUUAUUUUUUGUUUGUCUUCAACCCAGUGUAAACAAGAACUCACAAAACCUCGCUAUUUUGACUUUACAAUUUGAUGACGUCACUGUGAAAACCAUCUAUUUUUUCAACUCUUACCAAACGCACUCCCCUAUCGUAGUUCGGAUUUGUUUGGAACCAAGAUAGUUUCAAGCGAGAGAGGAUAAACCGGUCCUUUCUUAGGCGCAUUUUUGUAACAAGGUAACCCCCGGAGCCCUUGCAGUAAACUCUCAUUUCCUUUAUUUUAAGCCCUCUGUCAAAGGUGCGUCUUCUUUGAUAACAUGUUUCGAUUUUCCUUUUUUAUGCUUAGGUGUAAAGAUGAUUGCUGUGGUCAAGAUAAGUUGAUCCACGCCAGUUCAAAGCAAGCGUUGAAAGCUGAGUUAAGCGGGCUCAACACUCCUGAAUUCCAAUGUUCAGAACUCUCAGAGUUGUCGUUUUCAGAGAUAACCAAAGAUUUGCAGAAGCGGGACAGGGUGUGA